AUGCAAAGGACCUCCCCAUUGUCUUCUCUUUCGCCGGGAAUGCUGUAAAGAAAGCGGUCGACGGUGGCCAAGAUGUCCGGUCGCAGCUGGUCCAGCUGUUCCCGUGCGGCCGAAGGAGGCCCGUCACCCAAGGCAAGCUCGUCGGAAACAGGGUCGUCGCCCAAGGAAGACUCGUCGUCCGAAAGAGACUUCUCGCCCCAGAAAGACCUGUCCAUAAAAGACGUACCGUCCGGAAGAGACUCAUUGCUCGAAACCAGUUUGUUGUCUGAAAGAGACCCGUCGUCCGAAAGAAACUCAUCGGCCGAAAAAGACUCGUCCUCCGAAGGAGGCCCAUCGGAGACGGGAGCGGCCGGCUGCAUGCAGAUGCUCAGCUUUGGGGGGCCGUGGCCUUGGAUCAUGCGGCUGCUGAACGAUAGCCCAUCGUAAUUGAUGGUGGGGAGCGGUUCGGUAUCGUUCAUUUCUGCAUGCAUGACGCUAUGAUGUGCGUGCGUUGAGGCUGUCGACGGUAGCCUCACCCCUGUGAGAGACGUCGGCGGGGAUCUCUCUCAACUUCGGCGCUUGCGAGGGAGGGAAGAUGGUCGCAUGCAACACAAAUAAUGUCGAGCCACUCGCCGGAAAGGCAAAUCAGACGUGCCAAGGACACCAUUCUCAAACUGCACGCUGGUGGUGAGGCAGGUGCGUAGCGGUGCGCAGCCCGGCAUUCAGGGGCCCGCCUUCCCCCUGAAGUUCUAUUCG